AUGUCUUCCUCUAGCAAAAAGCAUGACGUAUUUCUUAGCUUUAGAGGAGAGGACAUACGCACCACCUUCGUUAGCCAUCUUCACAAUGCUCUGAAUAAAGUCAAACCAAUCAGAACGUUCAUAGAUUAUGAUAUUCCAAGAGGAGAAGAUGUCUGGCCAACACUUGCCAAGGCGAUCAAGGACUCGCAUAUAUCGGUUGUUAUUUUCUCGGAAAAUUAUGCAACCUCAAAAUGGUGCUUGGAAGAACUCUACAAAAUACUACAAUGCAGAAAAGAUCAUGGUCAAGUUGUUAUACCUGUUUUCUAUAAAACAGAUCCAUCACACGUAAGGCACCAGACGGGUAGUUACGAGAAAGCAUUCGCCAAACAUGAGCGAGAUUUUGGGGACAAAGACAGCGAAUCCAACAAACGAAUUGUACUUAGGUGGAGAACUGCUCUCACUGAAGCAGCCAAUAUAUCUGGAUGGGGCUCUCGAAACCAUAAGGACGAGAAUCAACUCAUCGAAAACAUUGUGAAUGAUGUACUGCAAAAGCUGGACUUGAGGGAACCUAUACAACAAAAAGGCAUUGUAAUUGAAAAAAACUGUAGAAAUGUUGAAUCAUUAAUGAUAAAAAUUCGAAAAAUUGGAAUUUGGGGCAUGGGCGGAGUAGGUAAGACGACCAUUGCUAAAGUGUUGUUUGCCAAACUCUUUCCCCAAUAUGACAAUACCUGCUUCGUGGUGGCCAAUGCAAAGGAACAUUCCCUUGGUAAGCUUCUAUCUGAGCUAUUAAAAGAAGAAAUUUCCACAUCUAAUGUUGUAAAAUCCUCAUUCAGCAUGCUCAAAGAUAAAAAAGUUUUCAUUGUACUUGAUGAUGUGGAUAAGUUAGAUCAAAUUGAAGAUUUGUGUAGAGAGUACGGUUACCUAAGUCCCUCUAGUAAACUCAUCAUAACAACAAGGGACAGGCAAUUGCUUCAAAAAAAUGUUGAUUGGAUAUACGAGGUAGAGGAAUGGGAACGUGCAGAAUCUAUGGAGUUUUUUUGCUUAAAAGCCUUCGAACAAAGCAAACCCCAAAUUGGUUACGAGGAUCUCUCAGACAAGGCAGUUGAUUAUGCAGGUGGAGUUCCAUUAGCUCUUAAAGUUUUGGGUUCAUAUCUUCGUUCCAAAGAUACUACCUUUUGGGUUAGUACUCUCAGAAAACUCAACACGUAUCCAAAUAAGGGAAUUCAGGACUUGUUACAAGUGAGCUAUGAUGAUGGGUUAGAUGAUUCAGAGAAGAAAAUUUUUCUAGACAUAGCAUUUUUUUUCGAAGGAAAAGAGAAAGAUCAUGUCCAAUCAAUACUAGAUGCCUGUGGUUUGGAAGCAACUAGCGGAAUAGUAGUCCUUGAAGACAAAGCUUUGAUAACUAUUUCAAAUAGCAAAAGAAUACAAAUGCAUAACUUGCUACAAAUAAUGGGUUUGGAAAUAGUACGUAGAGAAGAUGGAAAAAAUCCUGGAAGACGUAGCCGAUUGAGGGAUAGUGAAGCUCGUGAAGUAAUUGAGAAAAACAAGGGGACUGAUGCAAUUGAAGGCAUAACAUUAGAUUUAUCUCAAAUUAAAGAUUUACGUUUGCCUGCUGAUACAUUCACAAAGAUGGAAUCCUUAAGAUUUCUUAAAUUAUAUAUUCCUUCUGGUCGGAGACGUUCUAGUAAUACAUACAUCGACCUUCCUGAGGUUCUUAAGCCAUUUUCUGACAAAUUGAGGUAUGUUGAGUGGACUGGAUACCCAUUUGAGUCUCUUCCAUCACCUUUUUGUGCUAAGUUACUUGUUGAGAUUCGCAUGCCGCACAGUAAUGUCAAACAACUUUGGCAGGGAACACAGGAACUUGAUAAUUUGGAGGGAAUCGACCUAAGUGACAGCAAAAAGUUUGAAAAUCUUCCGGAUUUGUCUAAGGCGUCAAGACUAAAAUGGGUGAAUCUCUCCGGUUGUGAGAGUUUGUAUGAUCUUCAUGAUUCUGUUUUAUCGGCUGAUACACUUGUUACUUUGUUACUGGAUAGGUGUAUAAAUCUUAAGAGUGUUAAAGGCAAGAAGCAUUUAAAAUCUCUGGAGACGAUCAGUGUCAUUGGCUGCUCAAGUCUGGGGGAAUUUGCAGUGUCUUCUGAAUUACUAGAAAACUUGGAUUUAAGCAAUACAGGAAUCCAAAGAUUGGACACAUCAAUUGGGCUUCUAAAGAAUCUUAAAUGGCUUAAUCUAGAGGGUUUAAGACUCGGGCAUCUUCCAAAGGAGUUAUCUUGCCUUAAAUCCCUUAGGGAGCUGAAGCUUUCUGACAGUGGACUGGUAAUUGACAAACAGCAGCUACAUGACUUGUUUGAUGGCUUACAAUUUCUACAAAUACUACAUUUAAAAGAGUGUAGUUGCUUGUUUGAACUCCCCGACAACAUCAGCAUCUUAUCAAAAACAUUACAGGAAUUAAGGCUAGAUGGAAGCAAUGUGACAAAGUUGCCUGAAAGCAUCAAGGAUCUUCAAGAGCUUGAAAUUCUGUCAUUGGAAAAUUGCAGGAAGCUUCCGUGCCUACCAGAGCUUCCAGCCCUCAUCAAACAGUUAUAUGCCGUUAAUUGCAAGUCAUUGGUGUCCAUGUCAAAUUUAAAGAGUUUGGCAAAAAAGAUGUUAGGAAAGGCCAAACACAUUUCAUUCAAGAAUGGAUUGAAAUUGGAUGGACAUUCACUCAAAUGCAUUGAGGAAAGCCUCCAUUUAACAAUGAUGUGUGCAGCAUUUCAAAAUGUGAUAGUAAGAAAUUUCGGCGUGUACGUUCUCAGCUUGAAUUAUAACAGUGUUGAGGUUUGUUUACCAGGAAGCGGAGUCCCAAGUCAGGUCAAUUAUAGAACAAAAGAGACCUCAAUUACCAUUGAACUUCCUAACCGUUCCAACUUGCUGGGCUUCAUUUACUCUGUUGUUCUUUCUCCAGUCCGUGGAGAGAAGAAGCAUGGCACUAAAAUAAAAUGUGAAUGCCCCAUGGCGGAAGGUACAAAGGUUACAUGGCUAAGGACUGAUAUAACGGAAUUGAAGUCGGAUCAUGUUUAUGUAUGGUAUGAUCCAUUUCAUUGUGAUGGCAUUCUCAAAUAUUAUGAACCAAAGGUUCGUUUUGACUUCUUUGUUUCAAAUGAUACGGGGGAAGUUGAUGGUUCGAUCUGUAUUAAAGAGUGUGGAGUACGCCUCAUAAGUGUUUCAGAGCUGCACAAUGUUUUACCGGAAAUGGACUUGGAUUCAGAUAAGAAAAUGGACUUGAAGAAGGGGUUGGAGGUUGAAUCAGGACGAAGCAUUACCUUGACAACAAUUGAAGGAACUGAUGGAAUAGUCGAUUCGGCUGAAGAAGAUAAUGAGAGGAAAGGCCAUUAUUCUAAUGUGGAAGACAGCAUCAAAUCUACUAGCAAGGAAAAUACUACGGACUCCACCGAUGCUGUCAAAAUCAAAGGAAAUGAAGUAACACCAACUGAAUCUGAUGCUGGAUUGCAUAUUAAGGGCAUGCCAAAUGAAAACAACUUUCAUUGGACAACAUAUAUUGAAGAGGCCAAGCAUCCAGAAGAAAAUCAAAAUGUACAAGGGGGACAAAGCAUUGUUCAUUUUGACACCCAUGAUCAAAUUGUUAUAGAACCAUACCAUGAAAAAGAGAAUAAACCAAUGGAUAUUGACAAACCUGAAGGUCAAAAUGGAUCAGAUAAUGAUCCCUUUGUUGAACUUGAAAGCACUCUGUUGGCAAUUAGUGGAAAGUCCUCAUCAGCAAAAGCAACCUCUUCUACAAGCGAUGUUGCUGUAACAGAAGCUUUGCAUAAUCUUGAAUGCCUAUUGCAAAACUCGCUUGAGUCCAUUCUCGGUGACUUCGAACUACAACAACAAUUAAGUAUAUCUUUGCAAUGCAUAGAACAGGGAUCGGAUGAAAAAGUUACUCCACAUGUUGCGAAGCUUGUUCAAAGCAUGAAAUCCUCUAUUGAGGAUGUGUUCAGUGAAUUUAACUCGACUCAACAAGUAGUCCAAGAUCACAUUAUCCGUUUGAAACAAACAAAAAAACUUGAACAGCAAGGGACAAAUGCUAAGAAACGGCGGGAUUUAGUGAACAAAGAAAUGUGCAAAUGUAAGUUUGAAACCGAAGGUCUCGACGAAGAGGCUAAAAAGCUGGAUGAAGAGAUUCGAAUUCUAGUUGAACAGAGAGAAACUGUUGAGUUGAAAAAAACCAUGUUGAAGGAGAACCUGGAAAGAUGUGAUGUAGAAAAGAAGAAAUUGGAAGGUGAUGCCUGGAAUUGGGUACGUGAAAGCAAAAAGCUAAAGCUGGAGAUUGAGAAAUCAGAAUUCUCAUACGCUGCUGCCCUGUCUAAGCGGAAGAAAUUGAAUGAAAGAUGGGAAGGUUUCAAAACAGCUUUUGUAGAGCUGUGA